AUGGCGUCCUCGGUAUUCUACAAAUUCAAGUCGCAACGAGAAGAGUCACGUAUCACAUUUGACGGCACUGGUAUAUCCGUCUUUGACCUCAAGAAGGAGAUUAUACUAGCAAAUGGCCUCGCGAAAGCGAAUGACUUUGACCUUGUCGUGCUCGACCCGUCCUCAGGUGACGAAAUCAAGGAAGAUACAGUGGUCAUCCCGCGAUCUUCAUCCGUAGUGGUCAAGCGAGUACCCGCAGCGCGACCUGGACGUGGGAAGGCUUCAUAUUACACGGCAGGUGUAUUGGGUGGCAACAACCCGGAUGGCAAACCUGGCUGGAAGGGAUCUAUGUCGAAGCGAUUCGACGGAAAGGAGGAGCCACCUAAGCCAGCACCGGCCUCUCAAGCAAUGCAGGCGGUGACAUCGGCAGCGGCGGAUUCGGACGAAGCAGCAGCUCUUGCGGCUAUGUUCCAAAUGCAGUCCGCGAACUGGGAGGAAACACAGGAGAAGAUGUCGCAGGCUCAACGCAUCUAUACAAACCCUCGACCAGGCUUCAAGGGAGGUAACAAAUUCCCUCAAAACGACCGCCCCUUACCAGCCAGCUACGUAUGCUACCGCUGCGGAAAGAAGGGACACUGGAUACAAGACUGUCCGACGAACAGCGACCGCGAGUUCGACAACAAACCGCGCAUCAAACGCACGACAGGUAUCCCGCGUUCGUUCCUCAAAACUGUCGAAAAUCCAGAUGCUGGUCCCGGACGCGCCGGCGUCAUGGUUACACCCGAAGGUGGCUACGUUGUGGCGCAGCCGGACGUCGCGUCGUGGGCGAAACGUGCAACGCGGCCGAAGGUUCUGACAGAGGCAGAAGUGCGCGACCGCCCACCACCUCCUGCUACUGGUCUGGCCUGCCCAUUGGACGGCAAGCUAUUCGCGCAAGCCGUCAAGACACCCUGCUGUAGCUCCACGUACUGCGAAGACUGUAUCCAGAACCACCUUCUCGAGAAGGACUUCAUCUGCCCGCAAUGUGGCACGCGCAUCCAGAGCUUGGAUAAGCUCUCACCAGAUGGCGUCAUUCGUGCCCGCGUACACGAAUACGUUGAGCGCACGAUUGAGGAGAGCCGCGUCGCAGCCGAGGAAGGCGCUCAGGCGGGCGCUCCCGGACAGCAGGCGCAGCCAGGCCAAACGUCGGGUCAAGUACCACAGGACGGGUUCGGCGAUCCCGAGACGAUACGACAGAUGCUGGCUCAGAGCAUCAGCGACCUUCAGGCGCAGAUACGGCAGUUGCAGCAGAGUCUGAACCGGACGGAUCUCGCACCGGACGUGCGCCAACGCUCGCAGGCGUCCUAUCGGCAGAUGCAGAUGCAACUGCAGCAAGCGCAGGAGAUGGAACAGGCGUUCAGCAUGGGUAUUGUGCCGUCUGAGAUGAUGGGAAUGGGAGGCGGGUUCAACCCUGCUAUGGGCAUGCCGCAGAUGGCUAUGGGUCCGCCGAUGCCUGGGGUGAUGCCUGGGAUGGGCGGGGUCGGCGGAUUCCAGAAUCAACAGCAACCAAGUGGUGACAGCGCGUACCAGCGACUACCGGUCAAUAACAGGCGUCGCGGUCCCUUGAAGCGCGAUCGGCCAAGUGACUUCCUUGAUGUUACGGCGCAGGAUGGGGAGAACAAGGUUGCGCGUUACUGGGAAUGA